AUGUCCAUCGCCAAAGAUAUAUUUGAUGGAAUCACUCAUUGGAUAGUGGUGUAUUUUGAUAAUGUUCACAAUCAUGAACUUUUGAGUGAUAAAGAGGUACAAUUUCUCUCCGCUUAUCAAAAUAUUGACAUUGUUGAUCAAACACGAAUUACACUUCUUGCUAAAGCUGGUUGUUCCAUAAAUUUAAUCAGAAGAGUGAUUGAAUUAGAAAAGGGAGUAGAUCCAGGCCAAUUGCCUUUAACAAAAAAAGAUAUAAGAAACUUUGUUCAAUCAGAAAGUUCUACUAAUAUUGAAAGUGAUGCCCUGGAGCUAUUGAAAAUAUGCAAGAGCUUAAAAGACAAAGAUGUUGAUUUCCAAUAUGAUUUCACUGUUGAUGGAUGUCAAAGACUCGAACAUGUCAUCUGGGCAUUCAGAGACUCUAUUCGUGCUUAUGAAGUUUUUGGAGAUAGUUUCGUACGUCUUAUGAAUGGAAAGCACCCACAGACUAUAUUAACAGAUCAAGAUCUUCGCUUAACCGAAGCUAUUGCCAAUGAAUUGCCGCAUUUUAAACAUGCCUUUUGUAUAUGGCAUAUUACAUCCAAGUUCUCUACUUGGUUUUCUUUUGUCCUUGGUUCAAGAUAUUUGCAAUUUAAAUUUGAAUUUCAGAGACUUUAUGAACUUGGUAACAUCGAAGAAUUUGAGCACCAAUGGGAUGAAUUGAUCUCUCAGUUUGACCUUGGAUCAGAUAGGCAUAUUAAAUUGCUAUAUUUAAAUCGUGCAUCUUGGGCACUACCAUACUUGAAGGGAUACCUUUUUGCUAGAAUGACGACGACUGGACGCUCAGAAUCUAUAAAUGCAUAUUUGAAAAGAUUUUUACAUGCAAGAACAAGUUUAAAAGAAUUUGUUGAGUAG